UAAUGAAUAUUUGGAUUGGUAGCAGUGUACAACGACGAGAACUAAGAAUUUGAUACCGGCAACUGCAGAUAAAUCUACGCAAAAAUUACAAGAAAUCAUUUUAGGACCUGUUAGAAAUUCUUAUGCACACUUCGUGAAAAAACUAAAAUAAUGUUUAAGAAGUAAUUUUUUUAAUUUAUUAGUUUAACCUAAAAAUAUUUUGCGCAUGUUUUUGUUAUUAAUUUAUUUGCUGGUAUUUUAUAUUAGUGCUGUUUAAUGUGUGUAACCAUAUGGCAAUGCAACAUUGUGGAUUGCAAUUCUUUGACACAUAACUUCAUUUGCCAACAAGCUAUUAAGUGUGGAAGAGGAUAUUAAGGCUUAGGAUAGUUUUAUGUUCGAGGAGAAGGAGAGCGUGUCCGGCGUGCAGCAGCUCAAGUCUUCCGUGCAGAAGGGAAUCCGAACCAAGCUGGUGGACCAGUACCCUCACCUCGAGGGCUACGUGGACCUGGUCCUGCCCAAGAAGGACACGUACCGCAUCGUCAAGUGCCAUGACCACAUAGAGAUCCUGGCAAAUAGUGCGGGUGAACUGCUUUUCUUCCGUCAUAGGGAAGGCCCUUGGGUACCAACGUUACGUUUGCUUCACAAAUACCCGUUCAUCCUACCUUGGGAGCAGGUGGACAAAGGUGCUAUAAGGUUUGUGCUCAGUGGGGCCAACAUCAUGUGCCCUGGCCUCACUUCGCCAGGAGCACAAAUGAGUGCUGUAGUGAAGGGGACCAUCGUUGCAGUAAUGGCUGAAGGCAAACAACAUGCCUUAGCAGUUGGUGUUACUGCACUGUCAACAGAAGAAAUAGCGAAGGUGAACAAAGGAAUCGGAAUAGAGAACUAUCACUACCUGAAUGAUGGCCUCUGGCAGAUGAAGCCGGUGAAGUAACACUACAGAGAUGGUUUUGCCAGGUGCUGAAGUGAAGUCGCUGUUUACUUACUUCUGCCUCCAUAUGCUUCUAUAUUUUCUGAAUGUAACAGUUUGUUAAAAACUUUUAAUUGUGCCAGUGAAUUUUGUAUUAAAUUAUUAUUUUUGCUGCACCAA